AUGAACAGCGUCGCGUCGCCUCUUCGGAUGAACAUGACGACGACAUCAGGUCGUCCUCAAUCGACCACAGGGACUUCUACUCAUCCACACCAUCGUCAUCAUCAACAUCAUCGAGUUCGAGGAGGUUCAAGUACUUCUGGUAGUAACCAGGAUGACAUUAGGAGACAAACACAUGGUGAAAUGCACAUGGGUUACAUGGGUUAUACAGGAGUACACCCUAGUAAACAGGGAAUAAUGAAGCAGGUUCAGCCACAAGUACGUCAUGGAUCGUCGACGUCUUUUUCUCACGCACAGAGACAUCAUCAACAAGUCCCGAAUCAGAUUCAGACACGUCCGUCAAGACAUCAUCGAGUUGAGACGUACGAGAAGCAGGAGAAACGUCGUGUUGGUAUGGAGAGAGAAGAGGAUUUAGCAGGACGUCCAGCGAUGAUUGCCAUGAAUCAGGACGAUUUGCCUUUUGACGUGAUGCAUGAACGUCGCAGUGGAGACAGGAAUAUGGAAAACCGGAGCAGACAACGCAGUCAUCAUCGACAGGUGGAAGAACAACGUGGAAAUAGCAAAAUGGGAGUAUAUCAUGGUAACUGUCGAGGUAGUAGACCGUUCAAUAAAGGCAGCAGCAAUCCAAGCCGCAGUGCUAGUCGAGGGCGCUCGGUUACAAUGGCUGCUACUACUACUAGUAACAAUAGUGUAGCGCGAGUUGAUCGAAAUGUGGGAUCCGGGCCUCUUCAUGUUGCCCAUUUGCGUACAUCAACCCCUACUGUUUUUAAUGAGGCGUCUGCUCCCACCUCGGCUAUAGGCCGAAUGUCGGCACCAGUUUGUAAUUCGCUGCCUGCUCCAAAAAAGCCGACCCGCGAGCCGACGGCUUGGCGUGUGGCCAUUGACCCCAAAUCCAAGAGACCAUACUACUACCAUCCAGUUACUCGCGAGACGACGUGGAAGAAGCCGGCGGAACUGGUGGCUGCUGAAACGCGCGAGAAGCGGCAGUUUUUUUCGGUCAUGGAGGACAACAUACGACUAAAACUGCGUGAUGGCUAUUACACUCGUGAUAGUGAGACAUCGAACCCGGAUCACAACACGCCCGAUGCGGUGCACAAGCCUCACGAUCUGUCCUCUUGCCGCUCUUCUGCAAGUACUGCUAGCACACGCAGCAGCUUGAGUUCGUAUACGAGUGGAUCUGGGAGGUCAUUACCUGGAUCGGCCCGCCAGCUUAUCUUGAAUGCCACAAGGUCGUUGCCGACGACUCCGGAAGGUAUGGGUGUGCCAUACUUAGGUCCUGAUGAAGCAAGCCAGUCUCAGGAAGAGCUUGAGUCAAUAGAUCGUGACUCGGAAGACAACCAGGAUGGCAAGAAGCGUCCGUUGCUGUUUAGAACGUUAUCGUCUUACGAGACGCCUGUGAUGAAUACGUUGCGCAAAGGGAGUGGUGGUCUGGACGUGGAUGAGGUCGGCCGCAGUGCUUCUACCUCUCUCGCAGUACCGUCACCUAUUCAGAAGCGUGUACGCCUGGCUUCCCUAGUGCCUCGGGCCUCAGAUUUGGAAGCUCAUGCCCGUGCUGUUAGAGCGGCGGAUGAAAGUGGUAGACCGUCAAUGCAGGCGAUGCAACUUAUCGCCGGACGAGGAAGCUUGGCGUCAGCGCUUGUGAAUCGAAAAGCCCCUGGAAGUAACGGCAGUGUUUUUGCUGACAAGCCACGCGCACUGCGACGUCGUUCCAACAGCACUAACUCCAUUUAUUUGCGUAUGGGCACGAUGGAUGUACCCGAUCAAGAUGCGACAGUUCAGUGUGUGGCAACUGUCUUGCGUGCACAUAUGAUGGAGGCGCUUGAGGACCCUAUUCGCCCGGAAUCGCGCUUUGAUAUAUUUGUGACGGCCCGCGACCGCCAGCGCCUGCCGUCUACAAAUGGUGCAUUGGAUGCUGAAGCAUCUACUCUCGUGGAUGCGGAAGACGUUGAUGUCAUGUUGGAUGUGGUCCCAACGUUGUUGGAAAUCGAGACUUUUAUUAAGCACGUAUUUUCUCGUGCUCAGAUGGAGUCAGAGUGCAUUAUUAUGAGUCUCGUGUAUGUGGAGCGCCUUUUGAAGGCAACUAGCGGCUUUUUGCAGCUACGCGGAGAGAAUUGGCGUCGGUUGGUAUUUUGUUCUAUGGUGAUGGCUUCAAAGGUGUGGGAUGACUUGAGCAUGACUAACGCCGAUUUUUCUAAGAUCUGGCCUGAGCUCUCGCUAAAGCAGAUUAAUGAGUUGGAGCUUGUGUACUUGAGUGCUGUGGAGUACAAUGUCCGUGUGUCGGCUGCAUCGUACGCGAAGUACUACUUCCAUUUGAGGUCUAUGUGCGCCACGAUGGGUUUGCUCGAAGCUUUUGAUGAGAGUGCACCACUGAACUUGGAUGGCGCACGCAAGAUGCAAGUGCUGUCGGAGGAGUAUCAGGAGCGCUCAAAGUUGAUGCCAGUUCCACGUCGUCGCAGCGUGACGAUUACAACCACGUCAGCUGCCGAAAGUAUGCACGUUGGUGGUAACGCGGGGCGCUCUGCAGUUGGCGGAGCGACGGCAAAGCCUAUCAAAGCGUCGCCUGCCGCUAGUCUUGAACAGCUUGUUCGAAUGCAGGUGCGCGUCGCUGGUGGUAGCUCACUGCAAUCGUCAAUGCACCGGUUAUCUACGAGCAGUAUGACAAAAUAG